CAUCAGGACUCCUGUUAGUCACAUGACAGAGCUGGGAAAACCUCCUGACUCCCCGCUCCUCCUCUCCUCCCCCCCGUCAGUCGCCUGUUUUCUCGCCGUCCGUCGGUGUGUGUGUGUCGGUUAGCUUUCAUCACAAUCCACCGCAGGAACCACGCGAACAUGGCGGACACAGCCAGGGACCCUCCACCGGAGCACACCGACUUCGAGGAGCUGGAGGACGCGGAGGACCUGUUCCCGGAGCCGGCCGCUACACAGGAGUCAGAACCAGCCAGUUUACCUGCUGAAGACAUCAGCACCAACUCAAAUGGGCCCAAACAAGAUUUACUAUUUGAUGACGACCCGGAGGACCUGUUCGCAGAGGCCACAGAGGAGGUGUCAUUGGACAGUCCAGAGAGAGACGUCCUGCUGUCGGACGGCCCGUCCCCCGCCAUCACCCCCAUCACCCCUCCCACCUCCGUCAUCACCCCUUGCAUCGGCCACGCCCACGACGACAUGUUCACACACUCCUCCUUCGACGAGAUCGAAGAGGAGGAGGGCGGAGAUUCGUUCGACAUGCACAUAUCGGUGUCUGACCCUGAGAAAGUCGGUGAUGGGAUGAAUGCGUACAUGGCCUACAAAGUGACGACCAAGACCUCCAUGUCUCUGUUCAAGCGUAAUGAGUUUUCAGUAAAAAGGCGUUUCAGUGACUUCCUGGGUCUGCACAGUAAACUCGCCUCGAAGUACCUGCACAUAGGCUACAUCGUCCCGCCUGCACCGGAGAAAAGCAUUGUGGGGAUGACCAAGGUGAAGGUGGGGAAGGAGGACCAGUCGUCCAACGAGUUCGUGGAGAAGAGGAGGUCGGCGCUGGAGAGGUAUCUGAUGAGGACAGUGAAGCAUCCCGUCCUGCUGAAGGAUCCCGACGUCCUGCAGUUUCUGGAGAGCUCAGAUUUGCCGCGGGCAGUCAGCACUCAGGCUCUGAGCAGCGCCGGACUUCUGCGAAUGGUCAACAAGGCCGCGGACGCCGUCAACAAGAUGACCAUCAAGAUGAACGAGUCCGACGCCUGGUUCGAGGAGAAGCAGCAGCAUUUCGAGAACCUGGAUGUUCAGCUGAGGAAGCUUCACGGCAGCGUGGAGUCUCUGGUCUGUCACAGGAAAGAGCUGUCUGUGAACACGGCGCAGUUUGCCAAGUCGGCGGCCAUGUUGGGGAACAGCGAGGACCACACGGCUCUGUCCCGCGCUCUGUCGCAGCUCGCCGAGGUGGAGGAGAAGAUCGACCAGCUGCACCAGGACCAGGCCAACGCAGACUUCUACCUCUUCUCUGAGUUACUGGGCGACUACGUCCGCCUCAUCACCGCCGUCAAGGGUGUGUUUGACCACCGUAUGAAGACGUGGCAGAAGUGGCAGGACAGUCAGAUGCUGCUGCAGAAGAAACGAGAAGCUGAAGCCAAACUGCAGUUCACCAACAAACCGGACAAACUGCAGCAGGCGAAGGACGAGAUCAAAGAGCUGGAGGGGAAAGUCCAGCAGGGAGAGAGAGACUUUGAACAAAUCUCCAAAACCAUCCGUAAAGAAGUCAGCAGGUUUGAGAAAGAACGAGUGAAGGACUUUAAAACAAUCAUCAUCAAAUACCUGGAGUCACUGGUUCAGACACAACAGCAGCUGAUAAAGUACUGGGAGGCCUUCUUACCUGAGGCGAAGGCCAUCUCAUAGAGCCCACACACACACAACAGACAGUCCUGACUGGCUCCGGUCAAACUACACUACCCAUAAUGCACCUGUCCUCCUGGGUCUCCCUCCUCCUGUUUGUGCCCAGAGUGAAGAAGAGAAGUGAGGCAGCGAACCAGCUCCAAGUGACAUUUCUGCAGUUAAAAAACAAAACAAAAAACAAACUCUUUCAAUUUUACAGUUCACCUUCUUUUAUCCCUCUUUUUCUUUCUGCUGAACUGUGCUGCGUUCAAGUCCCGUCAGAGUAAUCGUUGUCAGGAACGACUCAGACUGAUGCAUUCACAGUAAUAACAAUAACAAAAAUAUCUCACUCACACUGUUUCCGUCACGGUGAUGUCAGAACUCAGUAAGUCUGAGAAAGAGCUCAAAUUUUCAUGAUCUGGAACCUGCAGUUUGAACGCAGCACGGGAUCUGACCCCGGUGACGGCUUUCCUCUCCACACAAACAGAAUCUAAUGUGGUGUCAUGUUUUACAGUCGGAGCACUUUGUUCAUUCACCUGAUCCCCAGAC